AUGAUGCUAUCUGACGCCUUGUUUUAUUGGGACCCUGGAGGAUUUCUUCUCAUUCACAAUGACCUUCUGUUUCUUCCUUUUCUUUGUGUCGUUGACGUCGUAGUUCCUCGCUGCCAGAUUGAUAUUGUUAAGGCAGUAAUGGGAUUGACAAAUGCUGAAAUUGAAAGAGGUUACGCAAUGGAUGUGGUUGCGUCUCGCCAAGAACUACUAAUGAAUCUGUCGGUUGCUCUAUGCCGCCUUCAAGGGGUUGGAGAAUCAAAGCUUGUGUUGGAUAUUGGACGAACAAGUCUUCAGCAUGAAGACGCCAAACCAUAUACAUAUGAUCUCGUUCUUAAGAAAGGAAGUCGUGUUGAUGGUGCAGAGCUUUGUCCUAAACCUGCACUUGAAGAUGAAUAUGGAGGAUGGGUCAGUCGUAACAUCAUAAGAGAUUUCACAGACUAUGCGGAUGUUUGUUUUAAAGAAUUUGGUGAUCGAGUCUUAUAUUGGACUACUGUGAACGAGCCCAAUGUGUUUGCCACUGAUCAGGGAAAUUCCCCACUUCAAAGAUUUUCUUCCCUAUUUGGCACUACAAAUAGAACUAAGGGCCACUCAACAUCAGAACCUUACUUGGCAGUUCAUCAUAUUUUGUUAUUGCAUUUUUUAGCUGUGAGAUUGUGCAGAAGAAAGUAUAGGGCCGAACAUGGAUUUGUUGGUAUCUCUGUCAAUGUGUCUGGGUUCCUUCCUCUAACAAAUAUAGAGGGAAACAAUGAAGCAACUCAAGGAGCCCGUGAUUUUGUAGUUGGUUGGAUUAUGGAUCCAUUGUUCCAUGGAGACUCUCCCAAUUCCAUGAAGACAAAUGCAGACAAUAUCGAUGCCCUGAAGACAAAACUGAGAGAUUACUCUGCAGACAUGGUUGCACAGCUACUCUUUGCUAGUGGUUGCCCUGGCCUUGAGAUGAUAAAUACAUCUUGUUGUACUAGCAUCACUGAUAGUACAUUAAUGUCCUUGUCUAAAUGUUCAAAUUUGAAGACACUUGAAAAUUGUGGAUGUCUUGUUACAUCUCUUGGUCUGGCCGCAAUUGCUAUGAAUUGCAAACAACCAAGACGUCUGAACAUAAAGAAGUGCUACAACUUUGAUGAUAGUGGAAUGCUGCCACUAGCUCAUUUUUCCCAAAAUCUAAGACAAAUAAAUUUGUCACAUAGCUCGGUUAUAUAUAUGGGGCUUCUAUCACUUGCUAGUAUCAAUGGCCUUCAAAGCUUUACCAUGCUUCACUUACAGGGCUUUUUGCUAGGAGGAUUGGCUGCAACCUUAUUAGCAUGUGGAGGGCUAACAACAGCGAAGCUCCAUCUUUCACUAAGAUCUCUGUUACCUGAGAUGCUUAUCAGACAUGUAGAAGUCCAUGGCUGUGUAUUUGAAUGGAGAGAUAAAGUCUUUCAGAAAAAAAAAAAAUAUGCAGCCUAUGUAAAAUGAUUUCUAGUUCUUUUCUUUUCAUUAGGACCUUGAGGACAAGGUCCAUUUUUUAGGGGAAAGCAAUGUUACGAAGGAAGUCUGGAGAGCAAAGGUGUAGUUAUGUUGCAUAUAUGUUGUAAUGUUACGAAGGUUCAUGUAGCAGCUAUAUGUGUAACAGGUGGUGUAGUUAUGUUGCAUGUAACAGGUGUAGAUUUCUGGAAUAUUAGUAGUGAGAUAUUUUAGUGCUACGUGGCAUUUGUGUGGCUGGAAGUCAUUG